GUUCAAGCCAUCUUGUAGAACUCCUCCGCCAACUUACCACUGUGUUGGCAGAACGCAUGGCUUCGAGCUCCGAGGUGGCAGAAACUGAAAGGGACAGGGGCAACACGGAUGCCUCUGCCGACUCUAGGAGUCAAGUGGCCCAGGAAGUGACGCUGGUUGAAAGCCAUGGACCGUCUGAGGCCCCGCAUCCAAAGGGAAAGGGAAAAGGCCAGCAGGAUCAUAGGAGGACUUGGAAAGGUUUCUCCUGGAGACCCGGUCCUAAGGGAAGGAAAGGGAAUGAUGCGACAUGGCCGGGGACACACGAACCUGG